CCCUGGUACUGAUGACGUCAGAGCAAUUAGCCUCGCUCUCGAACAAGGAAGGAAGGCUGAAACGCCAAGUCUUGCAAUUAUAGUCUAAAUUAUGUUGAAUUUUAGAGUUUUUCUGUAAAAUUAAGCUACACAGGGGUCACCAGACAUGCUUCUGUACGUGCAGAGCAAGUCUUUCCCGCACAAGACGUUUGUGGUGAAAUGUAAGACGACGGACACGAUCGCCCGCGUGCGCGCCCACAUGCUGUACAGCCUGUACGACAUGGGGAGGGUGCAGCACCAGUUCAGGUUCAGGUACAAGGGUCAGUACCUGCGAGAUCCCUACACCAUGGAGGAGUGUAAGAUAGUGGACCAUGCCGUCAUCACCAUGGUUCCCAUGGCAAAACGACAGGAGUCCCUGGUGGACCUGCAGCAAAGGCUGAUGGAAUCCACCGAUGACCUUGACCCAGCACACGAGCUUGACCUUGGGAAGGGUCAGACCGAUGAGGUCAUGAGGGCCCUGGAGAAGGAGAUGAAAAUCUUCACUGGGAGGGAGAAAAUGCUUGCUGGGCUGGAGGGCCUCCUGACGGCACAGAUGAUGUUGAUCCUGCUGGCUGUGUUCACCCACUACUGGUACUCCAUCUUCUGGUGCGGGCUGUUCUGGCUCUACGGGUAUCUCCGCUGUCCCAAGUACUCACGUGUCGGAGGGUUCACAGGCAUCGCUGGCCUCAAGAGGAAGCAGUUUUGUGUGGUGUAUGGCAUCAUGUCCCUCAUCAACUUUGGUAUUUCUCUGGGUCUGGGGAUCUACACAGCACACAAUCUCAUGAGCUUGCAGUGUCCAUCCUACCCUACAGAGUUGGGUACCGGCUGCACACACGCUGAAGUCUACACUGCUGGGUACUUCUUCCUACAUGCCCUGGUCAUGCUGAGCAGCAGUAUCCUCACAUGGGUCAUCCUGCACAACUUCAAAUAUGAGGUUGGAGACCUGAUUGAGAAAGCAUUGGUCCUGACCAGGGAUGUGGAGAAAGUCCUGGAAGCAGCCAGGAAUGGCAAAGUGAAAGAGAGAAGGACGGCAGCGUAUGAAAUGGCCACCAUGGCUGCUUCUGGGGACGACAACAAGUUCAGGAUAGUGGCGGAGGGAGGGUUGGAGUUACUGAUAGCCAUGGGUCUGUCCACUGAUGCAGCCACACAGGAAUACUCCACAGAAGCCAUGGCUGAACUACUCACUGUACCUGCUAUUCAGGACAAGUUUGUAGAGAUGGGUGGCAUACGCACCCUCACUGCCGUUCUGCAUGCAAAGGACCAGCGGGUUGUGAAGGAAGCGGCCACGGCGCUCAGCUACAUCGUGUCAGACUCCGAGGAGAACAAACCAGCCAUCGUGGCUGACCAUGGACUUGAGGACUUGUGUCAUGCAGCAAGGCAUGGUGGGAAGGAUGUGCAGAGUAUUGUUUCCGGGGUGUUCUUGGAGCUGGCCUUCAACCCAGACAUCCGUGCUCAGAUGGCCUCCCUCAACAGUCCCUCCCAGGCCCUGGUGCACCUUUGUCGCAGCUCGGACACAGACACACAGAGGUUCGCUCUGCAGACACUGGAGCUACUCGCCAUCGAGAGCAGCAGCACCAUAGCCGCUCAGGAGGAACUGUUGGAGUACCUGUUGUCCUUACCAGUCCACAGCAUGGACACCAGGCUGUACCUGUUGGCUGGGAAGAUCUUGCUUUACUUCACAGAGACACAGGAGAGCUGUGAACACCUGCUGGACUCGGACAGACUGAAGGACACCCUGCUGCAGUUCUCUCGCACCUCUGACCUUGUCCUGCAGAAGGUCACGGCCAAGAUCAUCCUGGCUCUCAUCGACACCCCACAUCUUCUGAUGCGGGCGAAGCAUCUCGGAUUCCAGGACAUCUUUCUCCACAUCCGCAACCACGCGCUGGACCGCGACGCGUGGAACAUGGCCGACCAGGGCCUCGCUCUCAUGCAGUCUGAGCAUGCUCACAAGGCCGCCAAGGGCAUCAUGGGAUCCCAGGGGUCACUGAAGGACAAAGGUCGGGGGUCAUUUUCAUCUGCUCGGAGUCAGAGCACGGCAUCUUUAGACAGGGGUGCCAGGCCGUCCUAAACCUUUGUCAUUUCAUCAGUGCAGGGAGUUUAAGAACUACUGUAAAUGCAUUUAAGUUUGCAGGGAUUUCAUUUCGCGAUAGCGUAAAAAAGGACUCUUCGCAGUGGUUUUAAGUUCGCGGUAGCACCAUGCACUGUAGUCUCUUACUGCCAUGGAUAAAUCUUUGCUGUGGUUUUAAAGUUUGCGGUGAAGUGGCCACCGCAAAAAACACGAACACUAAACCACCGCAAACAUUUAUGUAUUUACAGUACUUGUCCCAUCAAAUAUGAAUAUAGAUCUACAAAUUUGAAAUUUGCCACAUAUUUUGAAGGCCAAAUAUUUUUGUAUCUAAAUGAACUACUUGUGACAGAAAUGAUGAUACAUAUACCAACAAGAUAUUGUCCAAAAUAAUUUUUUGUGUAAAUCUUUAUUGUAUGUGACUAAGUUUUUAUUUCUUUUUU